AUGUAUCGGUCUUUACUUCUACAGCUUCUCGAAGGGUUCCCCGAUCUUCAGACAAUCCUGGACGACCCUGAUCUGAUACCACGGAACCAGGUCACAUGCCCACCGUUGAACAUCCUCAAAGACUUAUUCCGUUCCGCCAUCUCAUCUCUCGGGAAGCUAGCUCUUACCUGUUUUGUUGAUGCCCUGGACGAGUGUGAUGAACAACAGGUUAGGGACAUGGUUGAGCUCUUCGAAGAAGUCGCAGAACAAUGUGUGGAAGAUAACGUGAAGUUUCAAGUGUGCUUCUCGAGCCGUCAUUACCCUUACAUUGACAUCAAGUCGGGGAUUCGAUUGACAUUAGAAGGCCAAGACGGUCACAAUGAAGACUUAAAGCUCUAUAUCAGCAAACACCUGCGGAUUCAGAAUGCCGCCCUUGUGGAUGAGUUGAAGCAGAUGAUGCUUGAGAAGGCGGCUGGUGUUUUCCUCUGGGUUGCUCUGGUGGUGGAGAUUCUAAACAAAGAGGAUCGCCAUGGACGCCUAGCACUUCGGAGAAGACUGCAAGAGGUACCAAGUGAAUUGAGUGAGCUUUUCAAGGACAUCCUGACUCGGGAUCAAGAGCACAUGGAAGAUCUGUUACUCUCUAUUCUCUGGAUUCUUCUUGCAGAACGACCGUUGAAUCCUGAAGAGUACUAUCAUGCGCUUUGGUCUGGAUUAUCACUGAAAGGCCUUGUAGAUCUCGACAUACCGCCCGUCAACAUCUCAGACGCCAGUAGCUGUAUCAAAAGAUUUAUCAUCAGCUCUUCUAAAGGACUUGCUGAAAUCACCAAAGCCAAGAAGCCUACAGUGCAGUUUAUACAUGAGUCUGUCCGUGAUUUCCUGAUCAGGGACAAGGGUCUGUAUCAACUAUGGCCAGAACUUGGGGCAGACUGGGAA